UAUAAGAGCCUAUAGAUAAGCAUGUUUGCCUGCGUGCUUGAUAGCGUUAACGUGUAGAGGCUGUGUGUAGGAAGAAGUCUUCAUUCCUUGCUGCUGCUGUUGUCGGGCAAAAAUUUGGGUGGUUAAGUUUAUGCAGUGUUUGACAAGAUGAAAUCUUCCAGAAUAACUUUUAUUGCUUGGUUGCUCGUGUGCCUUUCGGAUCAAUCAGCUGGUUACCCAAAUGGAAAAGUAUCCGAAUCCUGUGACUCUAUGUUGCCUUUUCAUGGAGGGUCGCCUCAGAAAUUUCCCAAGCACACCAUUAAAGUGAACGUGACAGAAUUUAAGCCAGGAGAUCGUGUGAAAGUUAGUUUUUCUGGGCCUACAUUUGAAGGCUUUUUGCUACAAGCUCGCAAUGCUGACCGCUUGGAAGACCCGGCCAUUGGUUCUUUUGCAUUAGCUGAUCGGAGACGAUCCCAGCUCCUUAGAUGUGGACACGUAAAGAACUCAGCUGUUAGUCACACCAGUGAAUCUAAGAAAGACCAUAUGGAUGCGUAUUGGAUUGCUCCUAGAGAUGCACCAAAGAACAUACAAUUUCUAGUCACAGUUGUACAGAAAUUCAUUAUCUACUGGGUAAAAAUUCCUGGUCCUAAGAUUUCUCAGCCUAGUAUACUUCCUUUGACAACAAUAAUGUCUACUAAUUGGACCACUCCAACAUCCUUACCUGUCUCUUCCCUAAGCCAACCAUUCAAUUCUUCAGACUGUGGAGAACGCAAGUUCUGUGUGAGAAAUCCAGCACACUGUGACCCUAAAGCCAACAAUUGCUUCUUUCUCUCCUUCAAGCAAGAUGAUGACUCUGUAUGGAUUGAAAUGAGUGGUCCCAGUGAAGGCUAUAUUGCCUUUGCAUUAUCUCAUGAUCAAUGGAUGGGUGGUGGUGAUGAUGCAUAUCUUUGCAUUACUGAAGUUUAUUGUGCUGACAUCAGGACAGCUUUGCUGGUUGGGCGAUCUUAUCCAGAAUUUGACUCGAGGAAUGGUUUGGAGAAUAUAUCUUGGAGACUGGCUGACGGCCUUAUCCAGUGUUCUUUCAGAAGAAGAAUUCACCUUCCAGCUUCUACAAGAAGAUAUAAUCUGGAUGCAAACUAUUACAUAUUUCUGGCUGAUGGUGAAAUCAGUACAGAAGGUGAAAUCUACAAACACCAGCAGCAGCCCCUGAUUACAAAUGGAAAAUACAACGUUCUAGGUCCAUUAAAAGAUAUUGGAGGAUCCCGCUCUCCACUCCUGAUCAAAAUCCAUGGUGCACUAAUGUUCGUUGGAUGGAUAACUACAGUUGGCACAGGAGUGAUCGUUGCCCGGUUUUUCAAGUUUGUCUGGCCUAAUACUCUACUGUUUGGAGAAGAAAUUUGGUUUCAGAUCCAUCGUUCGUUGAUGGUGAUAACAAUAUUGGUCACAAGCACAUCUUUUGUUCUUCCUUUUAUAUAUCGAGGAGGCUGGAGUAAACAAGCAGGUUUUCACCCCUAUUUUGGCUGCACUGUGAUGGCUCUGACACUCUUUCAGCCUCUUAUGGCGGCGUUCAGACCCCCUCUACAAGCACCAAGAAGGCAGAUUUUCAGCUGGUUACAUUGGAGCGCUGGCACAACUGCUAGAAUAUUAGCUGUGGUAACAAUAUUCCUGGGAAUGGACUUGCCAGCUCUCAACCUUCCUUUAUGGGAUACUUACGCAAUGAUUGGAUUUGUAGCUUGGCAUGUUGGGAUUGAUGUGCUUCUGGAGUUUCAUGGCUACUGCCUCAUCCGCAAAGUUGAGGUGUUGGAAGAUGACAGGGUACAAUUAUUGCAAUCCAUAUCUUCUGUAGAAGCCCAGGGCCAUACCUUUAAAAAAGCAAUGCUGUUUAUCUACAUUUGUGGCAACAUAGCAUUUCUUGUCGCCUUCAUAACAGCAGUUGUGCAAGUAUGAUUCCAUAAAAGCCUUGACUAUUCUAGAGAGUUUAUCAUUACAGUUCAAAAUAACUUCUUAUUGGAUUUCACCGCUGUCAACGAAACGUAUCUUCAAUUCAAGAUGUGAGGACAACUCUUCACCAUACAGCCAUUGAAGAACAAACUUCGUUGGUCUUGAUAAGAAUCUGUCUUGGGCUUCUUCCUGAGUUAACUACUUGCUUUAUAUGUUGUAGAUUUAUAUUCUGUAGCGUUAUCUAUUAUGUGAAAACUAGGGGAGGAUCUUACUUUGAGCCAAUGGACCAUUGUUAGUUCAUUUACUCAUCUGAAGAUAGUUCCUCAAGUUCCAGGAUGUACCUGUCAGAUGCGGCUGAUGUUUCACACACAAUAAUUGUUUCCUUGUGGUAAAAUGUGGUCUUUGGCAACCAUGUGGCCCGCACAACUUGUCAAAAUUGGAAGAUAAGAGUAUGAUGAUGAAAGAUCCACCUUUUUUGAAUGUGAGCGCAUAUAUACAAAAGAUAGUUCAUCAUCUCCAUCUACCCCAAAGAUGCUGCUGCAUGUGCCUCAUGUUUCCUACAUUUUGUCUUCCCUCCCUCCCUCCUACACACAAUCACUAUUUCAGUAUUCUGAAGCCCAUCUCCAAGUACAGACAUUUUUAUGAGAAACUCCUUUUUCUUGAAUUUUGUUUUUGAAUUCAAGAUAUUUGUAUGAGAAUACUCUUUUGAAGUAUUUAUUACAGAUUUUUAGAUGGAUUGAGAUGUGCAGUGACACACAUUAUUCCAAGAGUGAUGACAAUUGUUUGAACGUCGUUGUUUCUUGUCACUUCUAAACACUUGAAUAUGUUUGUAGACUACCUCUUUCUCUUGAAAGUAACUAGGUACUGUAAAGAUUGUCCUCUUUAGCAUCUAUUUAAUGAAUGAUGACUAAUAUAUUGUUGCUGAAGUUAGGAUGAUCUCCAAUUGUAUUCAUCCAUUGGUGACCUUUUUUGCUACAGACCCCUGUAUGUGUUUUAUAGGAACCUCUAGAGAAGAAGUUGAACGUAUGUAGGUAGGUGAUGCUGCUGGGUUUGGAAAAGCCGGGAAUUAGAUGGAGCUGCAUAUGGAAAUAGGCUAAAAAUGUUAGUGUAAAAUUCCAAUCCACAUUGUUCAAUCGCAAUGUAAAUCACUAGAUUUGAUUCUGAUUCUAAAGAGGCUCCAGUAAAAAAAAUAUCUUUCAAUUCAGUCUCUUUGGUGUCAGAUUGUUUCCAUUACUUAUGCUCCAUAAAAAUGAUGUCCGUGACCAGCAACACUCUAGUUUUAUAGAUAUUGCACACCAAAGAUUUAAUAUUUUUAAUUUUAUUAAAUUCUUUUCCCAGUUUUUGAAGGGAAUUUCUUUAUAACUUCUAAGUAAUGUUUAACCAAAUAUAUAGCUGCUAGUCAUAUUACUAUUUGCUGCGAAUGUUAUUUGCCAUUAAAGAGUUUGUUCACCUGAUAUUUUAAAUACAGAGUGUCGUAUCUUCUCAAAUUUCUAUGACUUAAUAUUUAUGUAAUGUAAUUUUGCUGGAGAUUUUUCUCUAGGCAACAUCUGUACCCCUCACCUAUGAAUCAGUGUCUGAAAACUUAAUAAAGAGAUAACAUUAAAAUAA